CCGGCGCUCACCCACCGCCCCGGGGGCGGGCGCGGGCAGCGGCCCGGCCGGUGCGGGGUCCCGGGGCGGAGCGGGCGGUAAGAUGGCGGCGUAGCGGCGCUGUCCGGCCCGGCCCGGUCAUGAAGCUCGUCAUCCUGGAGACGUACGCGCAGGCCAGCGAGUGGGCGGCCAAGUACAUCCGCAACCGCAUCGUGCACUUCGGGCCCGGGCCCGGCCGCUUCUUCACGCUGGGGCUGCCCACAGGCAGCACCCCGCUGGGCUGCUACGCGAAGCUGGUGGAGUACUGCCGGAACGGAGACCUCUCCUUCAAGUACGUGAAAACCUUCAACAUGGACGAGUACGUGGGUCUCCCGCGGGAUCACCCGGAGAGUUACCAUUCCUUCAUGUGGAAUAACUUCUUCAAGCAUAUUGACAUCUCGGCAGAAAACGUGCACAUUUUGGAUGGAAACGCACCCGAUCUGCAGGCAGAGUGUGACGCAUUUGAGGAGAAAAUCAAAGCAGCUGGAGGAAUCGAACUCUUCGUUGGAGGUAUCGGCCCAGACGGUCACAUUGCCUUCAACGAGCCCGGAUCCAGCUUGGUAUCCAGGACACGAGUGAAGACCUUGGCUAUGGACACUAUACUGGCCAACGCCAGGUUCUUUGAUGGUGACCUCUCCAAAGUCCCCACGAUGGCUUUGACGGUUGGAGUAGGCACUGUCAUGGACGCCAGAGAGGUGAUGAUUCUGAUCACGGGAGCCCACAAAGCCUUUGCUUUGUACAAAGCCAUCGAAGAAGGCGUCAACCACAUGUGGACGGUCUCUGCCUUCCAGCAACACCCCAACACCGUGUUUGUGUGCGAUGAGGAAGCCACGCUGGAACUCAAAGUGAAGACGGUGAAAUACUUCAAAGGUUUAAUGCUGGUUCACAACAAGCUUGUGGAGCCCUUGUACAGCAUGAAGGCGGCGGGAGCAGAGAGCAGCCAGGCUAAGAAGCCGUACAGCGAUUAACCUCAGUGUUCACAGUGCCUAGCAGCUUUUCUGCUGAAAACCAGCUGUGAAGAAAGGGAAUCUCUGCAGAAACUCAUAUUUGGUCUUAAAUUAGCAAAAUGAUAGUGUGCUUGCUUCUUUCCAUUAAAAAGACAGAGGCAACACCUGCCUUAUUUAACCAAAUGAGGAAGGGAUCCAGUGUUCUGUGUUCCACAACCUCCUGCCCCUUACUCCCCGCAGGUAAAGGCAGUGGGGAAUGAGCUGUUUAACCUGGGAAGCAGCUGCAAUGGGACUGAAGCCCCAAAGGACCCGCUCUGCUCCCUGGGGGCUCAGCCUGGCUUGCACUGCAGAAGCUCCACGCAGGUGGGGCAACACAAACUGGGCAGCAUUUAUGUUCUUUAUGCAGAAAUUUGUAAGCUGCUGAUCUGUAAUAUCACUUUCCACAGUAAACAUCUUCAUCUUUUUUUAA